CUCGCAGGAACAUUCAGUUGUGCCGCGAACGUUGUGCGCUUCACACGUGCUUCCUCCUCUCCUCUCAGUCACUCAAUCGUUGCAGUGCCGGGCAAAAGCUUACAGCAUUCUCGAAUAACUGUAAAAGAGAAUUAGAAAAGCUGUCAAAGUUCAUAGAAAAGAUCCAAGUGUCAUUCAGUGUUUUGUGAGUGGUUCUUUUUGAUGUCUGUAAACACCGAUCGAUCCUACAAAAUGAAAUUGCGUGAUGUGGAAAAUGCCUUCAAGUACAGGCGCAUACCGUAUCCCAAGCGUUCUGUGGAGCUGAUAGCGCUGUUGGCCAUAUCGUGCACCUUCUUUCUGUUCAUGCACACAAACAAAUUGAACAGUCGCCUCAAGGAAAUGGAGGUGAAGCUGCAGCCAUCGGAAUUCUCGGCCCUGGGUCUAACCGGCAAUCACAUAAGCGGACAUGAUGCGGGCAAACACGAUGACAUCAAUACGCUUCACGGCACCUAUCAAUAUCUGAAGAGCACCGGCCAGAUGUCCUCGCUGAAUGUCCGUGAUCUGAACAAUACGCGGAAGGCACAAAUGGAGCUGGUCUUCUUCAAUCGUGUGCCCAAAGUGGGCAGUCAAACAUUUAUGGAGCUGCUGCGUCGCCUCUCGGAGCGCAACAAUUUUCAGUUUCAUCGCGAUGCCGUCCAAAAGGUGGAGACCAUUCGCCUGGCCGAGGAUCAACAGCAGGAGAUGGCCGAGGUGAUCAGUGAGCUACCCGAACCCUCGGUCUUUAUUAAGCAUGUGUGCUUUACCAACUUUACCAAGUUCAAUUUGCCAACACCCAUUUAUUUGAAUGUGGUGCGUGAUCCCGUCGAGCGUGUCAUCAGUUGGUUCUAUUAUGUGCGCGCUCCUUGGUAUUUUGUGGAACGUAAGGCCGCAUUUCCAGAUCUCCCACUGCCUCAUCCGGCUUGGCUCAAAAAGGACUUUGAAACGUGUGUCCUUAGCGGGGAUCAAGAGUGCACCUACACUCAAGGUGUUACUGUCGAAGGCAUUGGCGAUCAUCGUCGCCAAAGCUUGUUCUUCUGCGGUCAUGAUUACGAGUGCACUCCCUUUAAUACUGUGGGCGCAUUAGAGCGGGCCAAGUUUGCUGUGGAGCAACAGUAUGCGGUGGUUGGAGUAUUGGAAGACUUUAAUACGACGCUCUCCGUGCUGGAGAAAUAUGUUCCUCGCUUCUUCGAGGGUGUGCGAGAUAUCUAUGCAAAUAGCGCCGAGUACUUGACCAAGAUAAACAAGAACAAUUUUAAGCCGCCAGUCAGCGAGCACGUGAAGAACAUUGUGCGUCGCAACUUUACGAACGAGAUUGAAUUCUAUCAGUUCUGCCGCCAGCGACUGCAUAAACAAUAUUUGGCCGCCCAUUUGCCUCAAAAGAUUAUUACAGCGCAUCAAGGGGGCUUCGGGGGCAAUUAGCUUCCCGAUUCCCAGAUGUAUUGUGGUAUUGUAAAGAUAUACUCGAUCCUGUAGUCAAUUAAGUAAUGUGCGCUACCCUCCAUUCAAUCCACAUAUCGUAGAGUCUAGUUGUUUUCAUUGUGUAUAUUUCAAAUUGGUUAUAAAACAUAUAUUCAUAUUCUUAUCAAAUACAUAAAUAUAUUUAUAUUGUUUAGUUAGUGUUAAUGAACAAAAUGCAUUCGAAUUGUGAUGUCUUCAAGUGAACUGUUGAAAUUUGUUGUUUUUAAUACCUAGUUGUAAUUAGAGUUAAGACUUUUAAGCUCUCAAAACUGUAAAAAGAAAAUAAAUGAUAUUCUAAG